AUGGUCACCAUAGGCAUCAUGGUCAUCAUCCGCGUCAUCUCCAUCGUCGUCCUCGUCGUCUUGGCCCUCAUCGGAACGGUCGGUCCUCAAGUCUCCGCGCUUUCUUGCGAAGAUAGUGUCGGAGAGGUCCGACCCGUGCUCAUCUUGGUCAACUUCGGUGCCCCUGGGCAUCCCCCAAAAUUCAGGGGCCUCGGCUGGGCUGAGGAAGCCCAGCUGGUGCGCCAGCUUGACCAGCACGGACCCCGUGAGGUAGGAACCAGAACCUCUGCCCGCCGUCGGUGCAAUAGCGUCACGGAGAAUUUAAGCCACAGGAACCGCUGGGAUGGACGAUAUGGCCCCCGAAACUGGAGUCUCCGGCCGUCAAGUUGGGCGCCGUGGGGUAUGUCUAGCGGCGUCGCCUCUUCGUCAAACGCCGACGGGUCUGGGACGAUGACUGAGAAUUCGUCCUCCUCUUCGGCCGGUACGAUGGUGAUGACCCCGGAGUCCCACCACUGCUCGUAUCUGUGA